AUGUCUCUCCGCCUAGUAAACCUUGUCAAACUAGCAGACCGAGGCCUGAUUCGUUGCCGACGACGCUUUAGUGUUGCACCUACAGUGCUUGAGGCUGACGCAUCCUUUGUGGACACCAGAUUUGCGCCAUCCGAUUUCACACCAGAUGUCUCUGUCGUGUACCCCAAUGUUUUGACGGAAGACGAAGCUAACUUGAUUCUUGAUGACGUUAAAGGUCGACUCAGAAGGCGACGAUACGAAAAGGGACAUUGGGAUGCGGUCAUAACCAACUACAAGGAAGUGGAAUUGUCUGAUUUGAACUUUGAAAAUCCAGAAAUUCCCAAUAUCUUUCGUCGGAUACGUCAACAAUUGGCAACGAAUCAUUUGCUGAAGGACGGGAAAGAUGAAAACAGAACAAUCGAAUGGCUCCCUUGUCAUGCGAUUGAUUUGAAGAAAGAAGGAGAAUUGAAUGCCCAUGUGGAUUCCGUCAAAUUUUCGGGUGAUUUGGUUGCUGGCGUUUCGCUCAUGUCGUCCAGCAUAAUGCGCUUGAUUCCACACAUGGAUGGGGAAGGUGGGAAUGUGAAUGAAGAAAGCACAGUAGAAGGAGAGAAUAAAGGAUGGGUGGAUUUGUAUUUACCGCCACUAAGUCUAUAUGCAUUAACUGGGGUAGGUCGAUAUCGAUAUGCACACGAACUGCUUCCAACAAAUUCCACGUUUACCCAACCAGAUGGAACCGAGAUCCUAGCCGAGCGAGAUCAUCGAAUUAGCAUAAUCUUUCGAGAUGCAAAAGAACAAGCAUAG